AUGGAAACACAAAACCUAACAGUGUUAAAUGAGUUCAUACUCACGGGGAUCACAGACCGCCCUGAGCUGCAGGCUCUAUUAUUUGGACUCUUCUUGAUUAUCUAUGUGAUCUCCGUGGUGGGCAACCUGGGCAUGGUCAUUCUCACCAAGGUGGACUCCAGGCUCCAAACACCCAUGUACUUCUUUCUCAGACACCUGGCUUUCACUGACCUUGGUUAUUCAACAACUGUGGGACCCAAAAUGUUAGUAAAUUUUGUCGUGGAUCAAAACACAAUCUCCUAUUACUUUUGUGCAAUACAACUAGCCUUUUUUCUUGUGUUUAUUGUCAGUGAGAUUUUUAUUCUAUCCGCAAUGUCCUACGACCGCUACGUGGCCAUCUGCAACCCUCUGCUUUACCCAGUCAUCAUGUCGCAAAGGCUAUGUCGGCUGCUGGUGGCUAUUCCCUAUCUCUACAGUACGUUUGUUUCUCUUCUAGUCACCAUAAAGAUUUUUAACUUACCUUUCUGUGGCUACAAUGUUGUCCGUCAUUUCUACUGUGACAGUCUCCCCUUGUUAUCAUUGCUCUGCUCAAAUACACAUGAAAUUGAAAUGAUUAUUCUGAGUUUAGCUGGCUUUGAUUUGAUUGCAUCUCUUCUGGUAGUUCUUGUGUCUUACUUCCUCAUUCUUAAAUCCAUUCUCAGGAUGAACUCUGCUGAGGGUCGGCACAAGGCUUUUUCUACGUGUGGGUCCCACCUGACAGUGGUCAUAGUGUUCUACGGGACUUUGAUAUUUAUGUAUGUGCAACCUGAGUCCAGUCAUUCCUUUGACAGUGAUAAAGUGGCUUCCAUAUUUUACACCCUCAUUAUCCCCAUGUUGAAUCCCUUGAUCUACAGCUUGCGGAACAAAGAUGUAAAGUGUGCACUACAAAGGGUGUGGAAAAAACUAUGUAAUACUUUUUCUUAA